AAGGAAAUAUUUACGUCAGCCACGUUGGAAGUGCCAAGUUGGUGUUUUUAUGGUAAAAUAUUUAAUAAUUAAAAAUUAAAGAAAACCACGAGUUCCAAAUUAAAGAGGAUUUUAUUACUUAACUGUUCAAAAACGAUUGUAAACUUUUUAAGUUUUAAUAACUCAGUAAUAGCCAUUAAAAGUGUGACAUAAUUAAGGAAUAAAAGAGAUCAAAAGAGAUAGCUAUUUGUGUGUUUAAUAUUCAGUGAGAUCGUGUCGUCAAUAUGAAACUGAAGGAGUUAAAGAGGACUGUGAACGUGAGCUGGUCCCCGGCUGAUCAUCACCCGGUAACGCUUGUUGCCGGCUCGGCGGCCCAGCAAGUUGACGCGUCUUUCAGCUCAAGUUCAUACUUAGAACUGUAUUCGUUGAAUUUAGAAGACCCUAGUUAUGAUUUGAAACAGAUAUCCAGUUUGCAAACACAACAUAAAUUCCAUAAGAUAGAAUGGUCAGGUGCCGGAAUUAUCAUAGGAGGCUGUGAUGGUGGAUUAUUAGAGUUUUACAGUGCUGAAAAACUGUUGAACAAUGCCAGUGAUGCUUUACUUGGAAGCAGUACGAAGCAUAGUGGACAUGUCUCCGCUUUGGAUGUUAAUCCAUACCAGAAGAAUCUGUUGGCCUCAGGAGCGUCAGAAAGUGAGAUAUUCAUAUGGGACCUGAACAACACAAGUCAACCAAUGGCUCCUGGCACUAGGAGCCAACCAUAUGAUCAUGUGCAGGGCUUGGCUUGGAAUCAGCAGGUACAACAUAUUCUAGGUUCAACGUUCGCGACAAGGUGUGUCGUCUGGGAUCUCAGAAAAAAUGAACCCAUCAUGAAAUUAAGCGACUCCCAGUCCCGCAGCCGGUGGCGCGCCGUGAGCUGGCACCCCGGGGUCGCCACGCAGCUCUGCCUUGCCUCCGAGGACGACCAGGCGCCCGUCAUACAGCUCUGGGACCUCAGGCUGGCGGCGUCGCCGGUGGUGUCGCUGGAGGGGCACGGCAAGGGCGCGCUGUCCAUGUCGUGGUGCGCGCAGGACGCCGACCUGCUGCUCUCCGCCGGGAAGGACGGCCGGGUGCUGUGCUGGAACCCGAAUACCACUAAACCGGGUGGCGAGGUGGUGGCGGAGUGCGCGGGGUCGGCGCAGUGGGUGUUCGAAGUGCGCUGGUGUCCGCGCGUGCCCGCCCUGUUCGCCGCCGCUGCUUUUGACCAGCGCCUGGCUGUGCACUCGGUGCUUGGAGGCGCCGCAGCUGAUACGAGUAGUCAGAGUCAGAGCAACAUCAUGGACUCGUUCGGCGCCGAGUCGUUCAGCCAGCUGCCGGCCGUGCGGGGCGCGCAGGGGGCGGGGGGCGGCGCGGGGGCAGGCGCGGGGGCCGGGCGGGGGGCGCUGGCGGCGCCGCCACGUUGGAUGAAGCGCCCGGUGCGGGCCAACUUCGGGUUUGGUGGUAAACUGGUGACGUUUGAGAAGUGUCCGCAACAAGAGGGCGGCGCUCAGAGACUGGUGCACAUUAGCCAGGUGGUGAGCGAUCCGGAGAUAGUGGAGCUGGCAGCGGAGUUGGACGCGGUGCUAGGUUCGAGUCCCAGCCAAGACCCCGAGGCCAACCAGCGGCUCGCCGAGUACUGCCGACAGAGGGGUGACGCGGCAACCGACCAGAACGAGCGCUACACGUGGUUCUUCCUGCGAGCCAACUUCCUGCCUUCCUUCCGGUCCGAAGUACUCAAUCUACUUGGGUUCAGACAAGACGAGAUCCCGUCGAAGUUCAAAACCCUGGACAUGUCCGGAGACGAAGCGCCGCCCGACCCAGCCCUGCCGCACGUGGAGGGGCUGUCGCUGCUGGACCGCAAGCUGGCGGACGUGGAGUCGGAGCCCGCGGUCAGCGACGUGCACAUACCCAACGGCGACGAUGAGACGAGCAUGAUAUGCCGCGCGCUGGUGUGCGGCAACCUGGAGGAGGCCGUGGAGCUGUGCCUGGCGGCGGAGCGGGUGGCCGACGCGCUCGUCAUCGCCUCGCUCGGCAGUCAAGAGCUAGUGUACAAAGUGCAGAAGUACCACCUGAACCGCACGUGCGCGGAGCCGGUGUCGGCGCUGGCGGACGCGCUGCUGGCGGCGCGGUGGGGCGCGCUGCUGGCACGGACCGGCGCGCGCGCCUGGCGCAGCGUGCUGGCCGCGCUCGUCACGCACUGCGACACCGACGCGCUGCCGCACUACUGUGAAACUUUAGGGGAUAAGUUAUCCAAGGAGUCAGAUCCAGCUCUGGUGCAGGCCGCCACGAUCUGCUACCUGUGCGCCAUGAGCCCCGAGCGGCUGGCGCGGGUGUGGGGGGCGCUCCCCCCGCGCCACGCCGCGCCCCCCGCGCUCCUCGCGCACCGCGCCGCCGCCCUGCGACACGCGCAGCUACAGUCCGGCGGUAAACUGGAGACAAUACUGAACGAGUACGCGCUGAACCUCGCCUCACAAGGCUGUUUGCAGAGCGCCCUGCUGGCCGCGCAGGACUCCGGGUCCGACGACCUCAAGCAGCGGCUGCAGAGGGCGCUGGGAAUCACGCGAGACCCCGCGCACAAGGCCCGGGCGCCGGCACACGGAGGGGCGCGCGGCUACGGGCGGCGCGAUGACGUCACGGCGCACUACAACUCCGCCGUCCCGCCGCAGUACGAUCCGUCGCCAUGGCAGCAGUCCACAGUCUCAGCGCACCAGUACUCGCAGCCGCCUCUUGCACCCCUCGCUCCGCAGCCUCUCGCCCCCCAAACGUUCGCCCCCCAGCCCCUAGCCCCACAGCCCCUCGUCCCCCAGCCCCCCGCCCCGCAGCCGCCCCCGCCCGCGGCCCCGCCCCGCCCCGGAAGCGUCGGGCCUACAGCUGGCGGCCUCGCGUCGCGCUCCAAGUACCGGGUGGACCCCUCCGUGCAGCCCGCGCCGCCCUGCGCCCCCUACCCCGCCCGCCCCUACACGCCCACACACCCCGCAGUCAACGGCACCUACUACAACCCUCCAGGUGUGGAGACGGGGGUGCCCGUGGUCCCCACCCAGAACAAGCCCGCGGCCCCCGGCUGGAACGACCCGCCGAUGCUGUCGUCUAAACCUAAGGCUAAAUCGGAGACGCCCGUACCAGCUCAAGCGCCGAUAACGCAUCCGUUGUUCGGAGUGGAGCCCCCGCAGCACAUACCCUUAGCCCCCGCACCCGGGCAGUACCCCGGGAUGCAACCGGGGCAGUACCAGGGCUCACAGUUCCCGGCACCACAACCGUCGGUCGGACAAUAUUCGAUUGUACAACAACCAAUCGGACAAUACCCAGGAGGACAACAACACAUUGGACAAUAUCCGGGGGCACAACAACCGGAUGGGCAGUAUCCUGGGGCACAACAGCUCGGUGGACAGUACCCCGGGGCACAAUACCCGGGCGGGCAAUACCAAGAUCAGCAAUAUCAGGCUCAGUAUCCCCCACAACCACCUCCACAACAAUACACUCCUCAGGUGGAGCCUCAGCCCGCCCCCAAGCCCCCGCUGCCGCCCCCCCUCGCGGCGCUGCAGGACACGUUCGACGGGCUCCGGGAGCAGCUCGCGCGCGCCUCCACCAGCUCGCUCGUGAAACGGAAACUGGAAGAUGUACAGAGAAGACUGGAGACCAUGUACGACUUGCUGAGGGAGGACCGGCUGUCGGAGAGCUGCGUGUGUGCGCUGACAGAGAUGUCUGCGUGUGUGCGCGCGGGGGACGCGGGGGGCGCGCUGCGGGGCGCGGGGGCGCUGGCAGCGGGGGGCGACUUCGCGGCCGUCGCCAGCUUCCUGCCCGGACUCAAGACGCUCUUCCAGCUCGCCGCCGCCGAGCACGCGCCGCGAUAGUAGCCCCCCCCUCCUGCAACUAGAACUAGAACACCUGCCUCAACCCCCCUGAAUUGUCUUUGAAGAGAAGUCCGGUGGCAAUACACUGCAUAAUUACUAUUAUCAUUAACUGUACUCUCGAAAUGCGACUGACGAAUUCACCAAAGAUGCGCCGACGCAGAAAGCUCUUAGUUAACACAGCUUAACGGGCCGAAAAGAUGCAGCACGAUAUUUUCUCUUUUAAAAACAUAUUUACCUUUCUUGUAAAAUAGUUAAAUAGAUUCUAAAUUAAAUCUAUUCCCAAAAACAACUGGAGUUCAUGAUCAGACUACUAGACCUACUCCUCCCUCAUACAUCUUCGAUAUUGGACGUGGUUAUGCAAUUGUGUUAUUGUAAAUUAAAAUUAAACUGCUAUUGCAGGGCUUGUUACAUAAUAAUUAAAUCAAGUAAUUGUAUAACGUUAUCAAUAAAAAAUAAUCAAAGUCGAUUAUUGAGUGCGUAAUCGUCUUAUCUUGUGUUUUAUUGAAACAAACAACUGCUAAUGAAAAUAAAUAUUUCUUAUGUGAUCAAAAUACAUAAUAAUAUUAUAUACAUAUAAUUCGUGUUAUAGACACUGAUGUAGGUUUGUUUGUCCGAGGGUUUUCACGCCCAGACCGACGUACUCGUGUUGACCAAACCUUGGAGAGUAAUAAUGGGAAUCCAACACACGUUGUUAAGUGCAGUCGGGCGGAAAAUUAAUAUUUUCAUAUAGAUAAUUAUAUUUACGAUUUAAGUACCGUCUAUGUUUAAUACGAAUUGCGAUUUCCUUGGAGCUAGCUCACGGUGCAUGACGGUAUCCCGGGACCACACUGCUGGCGCGAGCGACUCCCAUAGAGUACAGCUGAAAACCGAAGUCAACGACCUACUGUGUCAUGUAAAGCAGCCUUUCUCAAAGUGGGCGAUAACGCCCCCUUGUGGUCGCUGCAGGCUUAAUGGGGGGCGGUAAUAGACCCAGAAAAAAAUGGGAGCGUUGUGUAGAGGCUUGGGAGGCGAUUUUUAAUUUCAUCUAGGAGGACUCUUAGACACUGACUGAGCUCUCGCUAUAGUGGUUUUUAAGUAGGUGAAAAAAGGGGGCGCUAAAAAUAAUUUAUUCUCAAAGUGGGCAGUAGACAAAGAAGUUUGGGAACCACUGAUGUAAAGGAAAAACUACCUUCCUUACAGAUUAUUUAUACACAUUAGAGGAUAACGAAAAAUAAACUUAAUAAAACAAUACAUGAAUAUUGCUUACAAGGAUAUAUUCAUUUCGUAUCUCGUGGGGUGCCUGGGUGUUAAUUACGCAUUAUUUUCGCUUCGAUUUCGCGCCGAGUACUAUAUAUUAUUCUGUUUGAACUCUUUGGGUUCAUCUCGUGUCCAAACACAUGAAGGGUGCGUUUAACGGGUGUUAGUUGCUGUUACUAAUCCAUUUUUGUGAAUGUCAUCAUCUACUUAAAGUGAAUUCACGUGUUUGUUAAUAAAAAUACUAUGUAUCAAUUGGUCAUAAUUAUUUAUUAAAAUAAUAAUGUAUAAAAUUUAAUGAUUUAUUAAUAUCCAAUAGGGGCGUUAACCUAUUCUUGUGUGCAAUGUCACAUAAUUAACAAAUCCGUUCGCCUUAGAUAUAUCGACUUUUCGCAUUAAAAGUGUGCAAUUUCCAAAAAUAUUCUAUAUUGAGUUAAUAUGCGUAAUCAUUUUGUAUCACCAGUAUUUUUCUCAUACAUACAUAAUGUCAAAAGAGCGUAGUUUAGUUUUAGUUUCUUUUUUUGGUUUACCUAUUUUUUGACUACUAUUAAGAAAAUUAAUACAUAAUUUUAUAUUACUUUAAAAGACAGAUUAAUGUAACUGGUAAAAAAUGAAAAAUAAAUAUUGCAAAGAUGAUUAGUAUUAAAAAUAUCAUAUUAUGUUAAACCUUUAAAGCACUCUCCUGUAAAAUUACUAAGUUUUGAAAUUAUACAGUUUUAAUACGAGAAGACGAUAUAUUAAAGAUUAAUAUCAUGUUAUUGUUGUGACAGUGAAACAUGCGCACGCAUCUGUGCUCGGAUUAUUCUGAAAAGUUUUUGACAACCCUAUUCUGCCAUUUUUGUUUGUCAUUAAUUUGUGUAAUUUCAUUGUAGGUGCUGAAUGUUUAUUAAAACAAUAUCAUUUAACGGAAUUAAAUUAUAAAUGUGCAUUUAAUUUAUUGGUAUUAAUUAAUAAAUGAAAUUGUAUUAAGUUAAUUUAAUUUUAGUUUUUUUCUUCUUCUGAAAAUACAAGAUGUAGGUAAUAUAAUAUUUCGCAGUACACUAAAGUUUUAUUUUUAUUUGUAAUUUAAUUUUGAUAUGAACAAUUUGACACAAAACAUUCAAUUAAAAAUCUCGCUUUUUGUGGCUGAAGAAAAAGUCAAUACAUAAAGUUAAUACAGUGCAGUAAAGACCAUGAAAAUUAUACAAAAUAUACUUAAAUGUUUAGCUCAAAACGUGGCGUCAAUUGAAAUGAGUGUGGUCGCAGCUAUGCUAUCUAGCUCAUGCGGAUCUUUGAAAGGAAGUCAUUAAUGUUAAUUAUCACAACAUUUAUUUGGUCACUAUCAGUAACGUUAAAGUUUUGUAUGUCAGCGUUCUUACUGUUACAAUGUGUCCUGUAUCAUUGUGAUAACGGUACCACACAGCGAGGACCACGCCUAUGUAAUACCUGGAUUAUCUUAUCGUGUAGUUGAAAACUCAAGUCAAACAAACUCCACUGCCCACGAACUUAUGUACAUAUAUUAAUGUAUAUGUAUAUAUCGAUUAUUAUCGAUAAAAAUGUUUUCGUUCGAUUGUUCGCGCUCUGUUCAAAUAUCGACGAAUAACACUUCAGUCGUGAGUGUUCAGGAAAACUAAAGUAUUUUCGUGAAAAAUAAUAUAUACGCGAAAUUAAAUCUGAAUAGUUUUUUUUAAUUAGGGCUGUGACAGUCGCAGUCUUGAGAUAAGUAUCGAUGUCACGUGUUCCUUUGUAGUUCCUAAAUCGUAUUUUGCUGAUAUUUAAUUUGUCUUACUGUCUCACUGAUUAUACACCUAACUCUCAAAUCAACCGUAGAAUGAAUUUCGCAGUUUGAUACUGUGGGUUCGUCCAAACUGCAAUGGAAACUAGCAUUUGACUAGUUCCAUGCACUUGAAUUAUAAAGUUAUAAGAACUUGUUUAUAGAGAGGCUUAUUUAAUUCAGAAAACCUGAUGACAAGAAAUUAUCCUUAGAAAUUAAGUACCUUAAGACUUUGAAUUUAAGGUUUAGUCGGACUUUUCCACAAUUGCUAUUGUCGAGGGUUUUAUUAUCGACAUAUUAUCGGUCACUAUUACAACACUGGGCAGUUAUUUAAUUUGUUCAUAUCUAAAUAACUCUUAAGGGCUGAUAUUUGAAUCAUCAAAUAAACGUUGACGAUCUAUUAAAUUAUAGCCCGGCUGAAUAUCAAAGUGAAACUACUGAAUUAUUUUAAUAGGUCAAAAAGUAGAUUAGAAUUAUGCGCGUAUUUUGUCUGAUUAUUCUGAUUUCGAAUAUAAAAUGAGCCUUAAAAUAUGUUAUAAAUGUAAUUAAAACAUGUUACAAGUUAGUGCGCGUCGUCAUCAUUUCUGUCAUCGAUAUUAAUGCGGUAUAUACUCUAACGUAUAUAUUUAUUUACACUUUAUAAAAAUAAUGUUAUAAUGAUUUCUUUAGCUAUAAUUAUUUUCUUUUUAAUAAAUUAACAAAUCCUAAUUAAUAUAUUGUUUAAAGGCAAAGAAAGUUGCAUAAUACUAUAUACUUAAUUUUUAUAACAAAAUAUAUUUUUAGAUAUUG